GCGUCGCGCAGUUUGCACGACUCUUCAUACCGCCCACCAUGUCGCUCGUUAAACGCACCCGCAUCUACGCAACUGAGGAUGUCACCAGCCACAAGACGGAGAACAGCUGCUGGAUCACCUACAAGGGCAAGGUCUACGACGUUACCAAGUUCCUUGCCGACCACCCCGGUGGGGAGGAGUAUAUUCUCAAGCAUGGCGGCCAGGAUGUCGAGAGCGUCAUGAAGGAUUCGGAGGAGCACGACCACUCGGAUGCGGCGUAUCAGAUUCUGCAGGAGUACUGCAUUGGGAAGCUCGGAACGAACGAGUCGAACCUCGAGGGGGAAGACUGGAUUGCCCCUGAUGACUUUGAGCCGGAGGUGACGGACACGGCGGCGGACUUUGAGAAGAAUGAGUUCCUGGACCUCCGCAAGCCCCUGCUUUCGCAGAUGUGGAAUUCCAAUUUCAGUAAAUCAUAUUACCUGAAGCAAGUCCACCAGCCCCGCCACCUUACGGAUUCACCCCGCCUCUUCGGAUGGAGCAUCCUCGAAAUGUGCACCCGGACGGUGUGGUAUGUCGUGCCCUUCAUCUGGCUCCCCGUCGCCGCGAACCUCUUCCUCCGCUCCGCCGUCCAGUUCACGCGCCCCAUUCCCACGUUCCUCCAGAACCCGACUCUCCCCUGGUCCCUCACGUCCGAAGUGACGACUGAUGCGCUGGUCAAGACGGUGAUCUGUUUCUUCCUGGGCAACGUCAUCUGGACGCUCCUGGAGUACGGCAUGCAUCGCUUCCUGUUCCACAUAGAUGAAAUGCUGCCCGACCAUCCUGUGGCUUUGACCCUGCACUUCACUGUCCAUGGUGUUCAUCACUACCUCCCUAUGGACCGGCUGCGGUUGGUGAUGCCCCCGGCGCUGUUCUUCAUCCUGGAGACUCCUUUCACGAGGCUCGCGUACCUCCUUUUCCCGACUGCCAUGGCGAACGGAAUCAUCGCGGGCGCCUUCACGUUCUACGUGCUCUACGACACCAUGCAUUACGCGCUCCACCACACCCAGCUCCCCGCAUAUCUGAAGCACAUGAAGAAGUACCACCUCGCGCACCACUACAAGAACUUCGAGCUCGGCUUUGGUGUUACCAGUAAGAUCUGGGACUACGCCUUCAACACCGUCAUCCCUAUGUGAUUGCAUCUUCGAAUUCACCGAUAUGGCUAAAUGCUUGGAUUUUAUGGCUUCACCAUUAGAACUUGGAUCAGUACAUCCCUUCUCCAUUAGUUGUCGUAAUCUACAGCUCAGUUGUUCCUCGGACUUCACCUACACUAGUUGAGCAGGUCCUGUAAGGGCUCUGGCGUUAUUCACUUCUUCCCACGUUCCAGCUGGUUAUUUAGUAUGAUUUAAAACAUUUGCGGAUAAAGCGAGUGUCUUGCGGGUUCCUUAAACGGU